CCCUGAUCUGCCUGCCUCUAUUGUCAACAUCUCCAACCGUCGUCUUCGUCCUCACCACCCUUCUUCUUCCCUCUCUUGUACAAUACUACCCACUGCCCCAGGCCCUCCUCAACCCUCGACUGGUUGGCAUCACGCCUCUGGAUCUCGGACCACACUGGCACCCCUUUCUCUCGACUGCGGCAUCUCUAAUAUUUAGAGCGAGCCGUGGAUUGUACUCCUCGACUGCAGGAAGACACUUUGCCACCAUCCCCAGACCACCGCUCGUCAGCACACUAGCAUCACCCUUGUUCCGCCCUCGUCCAAUGCAGUGGUCACAUCGGUGACCUCGGCCCUCGACAAUGACGAUGCUCGCCAAGGUGCCCCGCGUCUUCAUACUCGCCGGGUCCAUCAUCACAUUCCUCAUCAUCUAUACCCAGUUCUAUGUCGACGGCGGCCCGACAAUCUCUCGUUACGACAGCAACCUCGGCUAUCCUCCCAACACUGAGAAAAUCAUUCAACCAGCGGAGACUCACGAGGAUUUCACAUUGCCUGAACAUGCGUCCCUAGCUGAGAUUGCAAACGCGGCCCCCGUCGCGGCAGAGCCCGACUUGGCCAUCGACUCUCCCGACUCCGCUCCAGAGCCGGCCAAACUAGCCACGCUCGAAGACAAGAAGCCAGAUGAUACAGGCUCGACAUCGCCUCCUGCUGAAGGAGCAGUAAAAGCGCCUGCGGAGAAGCCAACCGACAAGUUUGCACCACCCGGUGGGGCCGAAACCUCUCCUGCCACGACGACUGAUGCCGACGCAAGCAAGAUCAGGCCAUACCCUUCGAUCGAGUCCAGCGACGUAGCUCAAGACUAUCGCUUCCUGAUCAAGGCAGGCGAGGGGCUCAACCUGACAGAAAAGGUUCACUACACCCGUAGAUGUAUCAAACCUGUGUUCUCAAAGGACAUCGAUCGGGACGAAGUGGCCGACAUAGGGCAUUCGCUUCUCAACGGAACGGUGGAGGUCGAUCUCUGGAAUACACGAGCCGCCCCUGUACCGGACUGUGAGCAGAUCAAGCUGAAUGUGCCGAAGGCAUAUCCUAAGCAGAGCAGCUCGCAUAUCAUCUUUGGCGUUUCCACCGACCUGGUCCGCCUGAACGGCUCAUUACCGGCAUUUGAACAUUGGCUAGCCAACUCGGGCUCUAAGCUCAUAGCUGUUGUUACAGACUACAGCAAGCAGACGCAAGAAAACAUCACUAUGAUCGAGAACAAGUUUCGCAAGUCGGGAAUCCUUGCCACUUUUGUCAAGCCGCUCAGCGCUGACUUCACCGUAUCGCAAAACCACUUUGCCGUUUUGGUCGACCUUGUUAAUCACAGCGACGACAACACCAAAUGGUUCGGCCUGAUCGACGACGACACCUUCAUGCCCGACAUGUGGCCUUUCGCCGAUGCUCUUGCCACACUCGACCAUACCGAGGACGUCUACGUGGGCCAGCUGUCAGAGGACUUCCAGGCCGUGCGCUUUUUUGGCUUCAUGGCCUUUGGUGGCGCUGGCGCCUACUUCUCUGCCCCCUUGGCCCGCAAACUCGCACCGAAAGCGCUCAAGUGCAUCCACGAGGCUUCGAGUGGAGAAGGCGACAUCAUUAUUCGAGACUGUGUCUACUCUCACUCCAAGGCCAAGUUGACGAUGCUCGACGGUCUUUGGCAACAAGAUAUGAAGGACGACGUGAGCGGCUUCUUCGAGGCUGGCAUCAAGCCGCUUGUUCUGCACCACUGGAAGAGCUGGUAUCACGAGCCCAUGGCCGACAUGGCGCUUGCUUCCAAGUUCUGUGGAGAUUGCUUCCUCCAGCGCUUCCGUUUCGAACAGGACACGGUUUUCACGAGCGGCUACUCGAUUGUCACGUAUCCGAAAGGAAUGUCAGAGGUCAACCUCGACCUCAUGGAAGGGACUUGGCUUCAGGCAGGACGCGAUUACGACUUUAGUGUUGGCCCUCUCCGGGAUCGAUUGCCGAAGGACCGCAAAAAGAGCUAUAAGCUCAAGCAUGCCGAGAUCACGCCCAAGGGCGAGCUGCGGCAACUAUACGUAUAUCGCACGGACCGCGUUACCGAGGAGCCAAAGCCAGAGGAAGACGACGAGAAGAAAGACCCGCUGUCUCUUGCUACCGAAUCAUCUGAUGGCGAUCACGAAGACGGCGGGAAGCCCAAACAGCCCCUCUAUCCCAAUUUCGGGGUCGGCAAAGAUGGCGCUCUGGAUGAGGUAAUAGAGCUGAUUUGGACGCUAUAGAUAGUUUUUCUGAGAUUCUCUUUCAGCAUUUGGGCGAAAAUUUCUUUGCAUUUCCUUGGCUUUUUACCUUAUAUCAUAUUUCUCUUUGUCUACUUAGGGGGUUUACUAUUCUGCUUGAGCUAAAGAGCAGCCAUCGAGGCGGUAGCAUAUUCCGGCGCACUGGGCGUUUUUGAUUUGGACCUGGCAAGACACAGGCUCUAAAAUGGGAAAGGUGCAUGGAGUAGCGGCGAACACAGCAUCCAGGAUUUUGGCUUUGGCUAGAGAUGCAAUUGUGGCAUCAUCAUACAGUAGCGAUUCGUUCUCUCUUAGAUGCGCGAAUCUAUUGAGAUCACUGAAGGAAAUAGUGAAUCCAGCGAAAUAUAGAAGUUAUUACCAACAGG